GCAGCCGCUUCAACCAGCGAGAAUGGAGCCGGCCCAGCGUGGAGGUUCUGAGACUGUGGCAGGGCAGGCGACAGGAGCAAGUGCUGAGACUGUGGCAGGGCAGGCGACAGGAGCAAGUGCUGAGACUGUGGCAGGGCAGGCGACAGGAGCAAGGUGCAGCAGGAGUCUGUAUCCAGAGGAAGCUUCUGAGCAGGAGCAGGGCUGCUCCCCGGGGGAACUGAGGCUUCUCCUUCUAGGGAAGAAGGGUGCAGGGAAAAGCGCCACAGGAAACACCAUUCUGGGCAGAGAUGUGUUUGUGUCCAAAUUCAGUGCACGGAUGGUGACAGAAACAUGCCAGAGAGAGAGUGGGGACGUGAUGGGCGAGAAGGUGGUGGUCAUCGACACCCCCGACCUCUUCUCCUCCGCAGCUUGUGCCGAAGACAAGCGACGCAACGUGAAAUGCUGCCUGGAGCUCUCAGCCCCCAGCCUCCAUGCCCUGCUUCUGGUGAUCCCCAUUGGCUACUGCACGGAGGAGGACAGACAGGCCAUCGAGGGCAUCAGGAAGGUGUUUGGAGAGGGAGCCAGGAGGCACACCAUUAUCAUCUUCACUAGGAAGGACGAUCUGGGGAAUGUCUCCAUGCAGGAUUACCUUGACCAAAACAGCUCGGACCGAGAGUUGGUUGAAACCCAUGGAAACCGAUACUGUGCUUUCAACAACAAGGUGGGGGAGGCCGAGCAGGCCAUCCAGGUGACGAGGCUCCUCGACCUGGUGAAGCAUUUGGUGGAGGCGAACGGAGGACCCUAUCACGUGAACUGCAGAAACGAAGGCGGCGGAUUCCAGGGCUGUGUGAAAGAAGGCACAUUGCAGAAGGUGGACGAUCCACAUGGCCCAGGGCAGCGGUUGCCGUUGGCCGAGGCAUCUGAGAUGAACCACAGGCCGUCAGAACUAAAGGUCCUGCUCAUUGGGAAGCGUGGUGUUGGGAAAAGUACAGCCGGAAACAGCCUGGUGGGGAGGCACGUCUUCGAGACCAAGUUCAGCGACCUCCCAGUAACCACGAAGUUUGAGUCUGAGAGCAGAAUGUGGAGAAAGAGGAAAAUUAUGAUCAUUGAUGGUCCAGACUUGUCAUUUUCAGAGGAACUGAUAUCAGAUCUUCGGAAACAAACCCCGGAGGGCCCCCACGCCUUCCUGCUGGUGACCCCCCUGGGCUCCUUUGCUGCGAGAGAUAAGAAGCUGCUGGACACUGUCCAAAGCAGUUUUGCAGAUGAAGUCACCAAGUACAUGGCCGUUCUCCUCACCAGGAAAGAAGAUCUAGGGGGUCAGGAAGUAGAGACGUUUUUGAAGAGCAAUGCAGACCUCCGUGAGCUCAUCCAGAAAUGUGGGGGCCGAUCCAGCGUCUUCAACUACAGGGCCACAGGAGAGGAGGAGCAGAGCCAGGUGGACGAGCUGCUGCAGAGGCUUGUGGACAUGGCAGAGCAGAACGGAGACCAGCCCUGCAGCUUCGGAAAGGAAGAGGCCCUGACCAUCGUCCUGGUGGGGCGGAGCGGGACCGGGAAGAGUGCCACUGGGAACACCAUCCUCGGGAGGUCCAUCUUCCUCUCUCGGCUGCAAGCCCAGCCGGUCACCAAGACAUGCCAGAAGGGCAAGAGGAAAGGGGCUGAGUGGGACAUCGUGGUGGUGGACACUCCCGGGCUCUGCCCGAUGUCCCGUGAUCCAUCCCAGCUGGAGAUGGUCCGCCCCUACAUGCCCACCAGUGGAGGGAAUACGGUUCUGGUCCUGGUGCUGCAGCUGGGACGGGUCAUUCACGAGGACGAGGAGGUGGUGAAGAUGCUGGAGACCCACUUUGGAAAGGAUGUCACGAAAUGCAUGAUUGUGCUUUUCACCCGGAAGGAAGACCUGGGGGACGAGGCCAUUACCUAUUACUGUGCCAACACAGAUGACAGAGCUGUGAAUGGGAUCAUUAGAAAGUGUGGGGUGGGGCGAGUCUGUGCUUUUAACAACAAUGAAACUGGCCAGGCCAGGGAAGACCAAGUGGCAGUCCUUUUGAAAAUGGCCAGUGAGCUGAUAGGCCCAGGGCAGCGGUUGCCGUUGGCCGAGGCGUCUGAGAUGAACCACAGGCCAUCAGAACUAAAGGUCCUGCUCAUUGGGAAGCGUGGUGUUGGGAAAAGUACAGCCGGAAACAGCCUGGUGGGGAGGCACGUCUUCGAGACCAAGUUCAGCGACCUCCCAGUAACCACGAAGUUUGAGUCUGAGAGCAGAAUGUGGAGAAAAAGGAAAAUUAUGAUCAUUGAUGGUCCAGACUUGUCAUUUUCAGAGGAACUGAUAUCAGAUCUUCGGAAACAAACCCCGGAGGGCCCCCACGCCUUCCUGCUGGUGACCCCCCUGGGCUCCUUUGCUGCGAGAGAUAAGAAGCUGCUGGACACCGUCCAAAGCAGUUUUGCAGAUGAAGUCACUAAGUACAUGGCCGUUCUCCUCACCAGGGAAGAAGAUCUAGGGGGUCAGGAAGUAGAGACGUUUUUGAAGAGCAAUGCAGACCUCCGUGAGCUCAUCCAGAAAUGUGGGGGCCGAUCCAGCGUCUUCAACUACAGGGCCACAGGAGAGGAGGAGCAGAGCCAGGUGGACAAGCUGCUGCAGAAGCUUGUGGACAUGGCAGAGCAGAACGGAGACCAGCCCUGCAGCUUCGGAAAGGAAGAGGCCCUGACCAUCGUCCUGGUGGGGCGGAGCGGGACCGGGAAGAGUGCCACUGGGAACACCAUCCUCGGGAGGUCCAUCUUCCUCUCUCGGCUGCAAGCCCAGCCAGUCACCAAGACAUGCCAGAAGGGCAAGAGGAAAGGGGCUGAGUGGGACAUCGUGGUGGUGGACACUCCCGGGCUCUGCCCGACGUCCCGGAUCCAUUCCAGCUGGAGAUGGUCCGCCCCUACGUGCCCACCAGUGGAGGGAAUACGGUUUCUGGUCCUGGUGCUGCAGCUGGGACGGGUCAUUCACGAGGACGAGGAGGUGGUGAAGAUGCUGGAGACCCACUUCGGAAAGGAUGUCACGAAACGCAUGAUUGUGCUUUUCACCCGGAAGGAAGACCUGGGGGACGAGGCCAUUACCUAUUACUGUGCCAACACAGAUGACAGAGCUGUGAAGGGGAUCAUUAGAAAGUGUGGGGUGGGGCGAGUCUGUGCUUUAACAACAAUGAAACUGGCCAGGCCAGGGAAGACCAAGUGGCAGUCCUUUUGAAAAUGGCCAGUGAGCUGAUAGGUAACCAUAAAGAGGGCUUGGAUUUUGUUUUACGUGGGGAACAACAACCAAAAAAACUCCAAAGGUG